AUGGCGCACUAUUUUUACCUGCCUCCUAGAUACCGUCUCCCGGCAAGUGACGUCAAGACCGCGGGCAGGCACAAGCCCUUAUCGUUCAUCGGCAGUGUUGGCUACAGCGCGUUCCCCGGCUGUCAUCCGCCCAGCCAAAUAAACACUCGAGUGUCAGCAGGUGUGGACUGCCCUCCACUCUUCUCAUCGACCUGUGCUGUGGCCCCUACUUCUCCUGAGCAGGACAGUCCAGUGGAUCUUCCCUCCUCCCUGGACUCCAUCUCUUCGUUAGACCUUGUGAGUCUGGUGCAGGACCAUAACCCACCUGAGGUCAUCCAAGUAUCCUCUACUCCAGAACCCCAAAACCUCCAGGACUGUAGCACUUCUUCAGAAACUGUCAGUCCAAUAGAGAGAGCCGUCCCUCCAGAGACACAUGACAUCAGCUCCAAUGCCGCUCACUUCAUGGUCUCAACGAUGAUCCAACAUUUCUUGAACAAAUCCCCCGUGUUCCUAGACAUUAUGGAACAAGGAAGAGUUAUUUUGCAACUGCGUGAGGUGGAGCAAAGAGUCUCCAUGCCCCAAGGAACAGACUUGAAGACCAAAGACCUCAAAGCCAUAGCUAAGGAGACGACUAGAAGUCUCCGGGAAGAGCUGGGACCCUUCACCUCACCCCUGCUCUGGAGUGAGUAUUUCCUCAAUGCAGCGGUGAGACAUCUGAAUUUCCAGCUGGAAGACUUCAUUGACGAGGACAGAGGCCGAGGACCAAGACGUUUCUUCUCUCGAGUGUUUAAGAUGUUCAGGAUCAGGAAGAACAGAGUGUCACCUGGUCCUCUGAGAGCAUACAUCAGAUCAGCAUCCUAA